AUGGAAAGGGAGAACAUAGAAGGAGGCAUUGCUGCAUAUCAAGCUAAACUGAAAAAUGUAAAUUCAAGCAACAUUGUUUCUCGAGAUAACAACAACACAUCAUCAAUGACAUCAUCGAUGACAUCAUCAAUGACAUCAACAACGAUGUCCCUUUUUACUGAUCCCAGUUCUCCGCAUUCGCUUAAAGAUCUUAAAAAAGGGUGGACUAAAAAAUUGACCAGUUAUAUCAAACCUCGCAGGAGAAACAAAGAAAGAGAACAUAGUCAUAAAUAUUCACUUUUACUUCCAUUUUCAGCACCAAUGCCAUUGUCUUCGUCAACCACAUUGCUGCCAUCCAGACAGUCAGACUCGUCGAAAAUUAUGACGAUGCCAUUUCCAGCAUCAACCGAACCAACAUCCAUCAGGAAUAAAUCGGUUAAUAUCGGUGUCCUAACUUUAAUGUUACAAAUUGCUCGGCUGUCAGUGGCAAAGAUGCGCAGUAGAAGAGAUUACGAAGAUGAUGAAAUCGCACCCAAAUCAAAACAAAACAGCAACAACAACCAAAACAUCAUCAUCAACAACAACAACCUAUCCAAUCACUUUCUGAUUCACAUCAAUCACGUCAACUUCAAAAAAAUUUUUAUGCUGACGCGACAAAAUUUUGGUCGCCACUUUUUCCAUUGUCACAUCUUCAACUCAUCCAACAUCUCAAAAACCAACACUCCCAUGAAAGACUGA